AUGCUACGAAGACACAUUAGAAUAUAUUACAAUAGGCUUCGAAUACAGUCCCCCAGAAGACGAAAUAUUACGAUAUCACCUUCUAUAGCGACAACAGAUGGAAAUAUGGUCCCAAAGUGUACUAUUGAACCCAAUAACGACAAGAUUGAUUGGGUGUAUUAUUUCGAUACUAAUGCGAGAACUGAUUUACUUAAACCAGUUUUAUCAAAAGGUAAGGUUCCGAUACCGUCUCUGCUAUCAACUACAUUACAGAACCACCCUUCCAUAAUGAAUAAUAUUGAACUAUCCAAACUAAUACAUAAUAAUAAACUCGAUGGAUACCAGGAAUUCCUAAAUGCUUUAGAGAAAGACAACAAAUUAUUUCCCUUAAAUUUUGUGCUAGAAUUGACCAUUGACCUGUUAAAGGAAUCAAAAUUUGUGAAGAUCCAUAAGAUUUAUAUGCUUUACAAAGAAUGUUUACCGAUCUACAAACAAAACAAUCAGGUGAAAUAUUACAAGUUUAUUGAAAUAAUGAUACGAGUGGAAUCGUAUCUGAGGAACCAUGCAGAAUGUGAGAAUCUUUUCAUCGAAUACAUUCAAGCAGGAACAGUAAAAGGGGACAUAAUUUCACUAGGCUUAAAAUCCCUAGUAGAAAGGAAGAAAUUUCAACUGGCCAAAGAAUUGUACGUUCAGUUCCUGCAAAAUGAAGAAAUGUUCCCCAUGACAUCAAAGGAAUUGCAUCUAUUGUUGAAGAAUUUUUACAAAUAUAAUGAUUUCUCACACAUGAAAUUCGUGUUUAGUCUUUGGAACAAAUUUAAAUGUGGUCCCGAAUCCCUGGUACAAAAUCAACCAUCAUUGAAUACCAUAUCAUUAAUGCAUAAAAUGUUCAUCUUGUUUGAUGACACCAGUGGACUAAGCGACUUUCUCAAUUUGGAAUGUGUGAGAAAAACUGAAUAUGAAGGAAGUCUAGCAUUCGAAUUAACCAUAUUUUACCAAGAACUGUAUGCCAAUAAAGCGAAAUUUCAAAAUCAGAUGAGUGCAUUGAAUAGAGAGGAGUUGCAUACAAAAACUGAUGAAUUUCUUGAAAGAAUUAAUAGGGAUACAGAUGCUAGAUUUAACUUUUAUUCAUCAAUUCUCAAAGCAUUUAUAUUUUCAAAUGAUAUUACUUCCAUUAAACUAACUCUAGAAAAAAUAUUGAAAGAUGACACUAUCUUAAUGUUGCAUUCCGAGAAAUUACAGGAAAAUAUAUGUUUGUAUUUUACAAAAAAUGGACUUUUCAAAGAAUUAUUGCAAUACUAUAAACAACAAAAGAACACUAACAAUUUGGUAUUAAACGAGGCAAUAUUCACUCAGUUAUGGGAUUGCUAUUCUACAGCUUACCCCAUGGUGUCACAUAAAUCUAACUUGAUCCGUCUUAAAAAGAUAUAUGAUCUUUCCAAGAAGAGAGAAGAUUUGUCUUGGUUUAAACAAUUAUUUGAAAAUUAUGCUCAACAUUAUGGUCAAUCAAUAGAUACGGACCUUACCGAUACUUAUUAUUUGGAAACAUCCAAGAGAUUUGAUUCCAUUAUGACUGCUUUAAAGUGCAAUGACAUAAAAAAUGCUCAAGAAAUUAUUCUAGACUCAGUCAGAGAGGGAUUUGUUUCUUAUUUUUCUUUCUAUUAUGCCAUAUUAAAGAAAUGUUUGGAAAUGGGUCCCAAAGGUGAAGUAGUGGCUCGAUUAGCAGAUGAUAUACUUAGGAAAACGUUCCAUUACACUCCUUUGAAACUGGACAUUCUUUGGCUAAAAUAUUCUGUUGUCAAUUUACGCAGAAAAUCACGUAAUCAAUUUGAUCAAAGUGAAAAGUCCAGAAUUGCUGACAGCAAGAUCACGGCAUUUAUCACAAGUUGCCAGACAUCUUUGAAUUUUCAAAACUACCUCCAAUUGUCAAACAUAUACGUGAAAUUAAACAAUUAUGGACAAGCAAAAUUGUUGGUAAAUAAAGCUCGCAAGCUUCUGGAUCCAAUGAACCGAAUGCAAUGGUAUAUGUAUUAUAAAACAAUGUUGGGAAUUGGAGCAUUAUCUCUUGACAAAGAAUAUUUCUUAGAGAUACUAAAAGAGUGGAAUUUGAAUGCAAAUGCAGGCUAUGUUAACCAUGCCUCUAUUCGUUCCAUUAAAGGACACCUAAAGUAUUUUGAUAAAAGAUUGAAUCCAAACGUUAUAAUUGAUGAACCCAUGAUUAACGACAGAAUUGCUCGAGAAAUGAGAAAACUGAUUCGUCGAUAUACAUUAUUAAAGAGCGAAGGACUAUGCUGCGUUGAUGAAUUAUAUAAACUCCUGGUUGAGUGGAUGCAUUGA